CGUUGAUGCCGAGCCCAGCGCGGUCGUCACGAGACGACCUGCACUUCUGCUCUAGCACUACCGACCUACCAACGGCACUCCUCUCUAGAGACGGAUAGCCAGGCACGAGAUCCCCGGUCCGGCUCAGGAACGUCGACAGAACAUCCGGAAGUACGUCUGGGACGCGCCAUCUGAUUGGCCACCCGCUGCAUAGCAAUCAAAAUAGAUGAGCAACCUCAAUAUCCCCAAACACAACACUCGCUGAUCCUACGUACUUGUCAACACCCGUCCGCAACCCUCAACGUGUCCCCUCUGACCCUAUAACAAUCCACCCGCCGCUCACCCACAAUGCCGCUCAACCCACCCCAACCAUGCAUCUCCCAACCAUACACCUCCCCACGCUCCUCUCCCUCGCCCUCCUCUCCAGCGCUACCUCCUCCGCCCCCCCAAACCCCUCCUUCGCCGGCAUCAACCUCCCUCAACUUCAAUACCUCACCCCCUCCGCGCGCGAUGCCACAAUCCUCUCCCUCGUCGCCUCCAACGUGCGCGUAAUCCGCCUGCAGCUGCGCCCCACCAGCCUGCACACCGACUUCGAGCCCACGCUCGGCACCUUUGACAAAUCGCUGCUCGACCAGACCGACGACGCGCUGGCCGCCAUCCACCGCCUGUCCGGCGGCCGCAUCAAGGUCGUGCUCGCGCCGCACGAUGCGGGCGCGCUGCUGCCCGGCGGCGAGGUGCCGUGUGACGCGUACUGCGAGGGCCUCGGGGGCGCGUAUCUGGAUUUCUACAGCGGCGAGGAGUGGCGCGAGAAGUACUGGACGCGGCUGGAGGUGCUGCUUAGGCACUAUCCGUCGAAGAACUUUGGCGGCAGGGGGUGGGGCGAGCUGGACGAGGUUAUCAUGGCCGUCGACAUCCAAUCCCGCCCCUUCGCCCCCAUCCACCCGAUCCCCGCCGGCGAGCCCUGGCUCUGCGCCACCGCAACUUACCUGCGCACGCUCCUCUCCCCCUCCAUCGGCGUCUCCAGCGGCGGCGUCUCCGGCACCCUCUCCCCCGGCGGCACCGAAAACGCGCCCGCCGCCGUGCUGAAGUGCGACGCCAUCGACAUCGUCGGCGUGCACGCGGGCCCGCAGCUGUCCAGCUCCGGGCUCGCCGCGCUGGAGGACGUGAUGGCGGAGGCGCAGGAGCGCGCGGAGGCGCGAGACGCGGGUGCGAAGCCCAAGCUGCUCCUCGUCGAGUCCUGGACGGGGCCGCACGAUGCCGACGCGCUGGCUGCGCAGGCUAGGGCGCUGGACGAGCGCGGGAUACCUUGGUUGUACACCCACGUCCCGCCCUCCAACACCUCCUCCGCCUCCGCCUCCCCCCCAACCACGCCUUUCACGCCCGCCGCCCUCGCCGCGCCCUGCGCCCACGCUGCCUCCUCGCGCGCCCGCGCCGGCUGGGCCGCGUACCUGCCGCCGCUGUCCUCGCUGCCGCCUUUGCCGCUUGUCGCUGCCCAAGCACAGGCGGACGGCGGUGCGGAUGGCAAGGCCGGAACGGAGGAGGGCGCGGUGGAUAUGAACGCGCUGUUGCAGGGGAUGCUGGGGAUGGAUUUGAACAUGAGCGCGGAGGCGGUUGCGAAGGCUGUUAAGGGGCUGUAG